AUGGGCAAUACCGCCUCUGCACAUGCCCGAACACACGCGAGCCCACACUCCGGCUCCGCUUCCCCGUCAUCAAGCCAUGAGCCCUCGAGAGCACCUUCCACGCGGAGGGUCCUUCCAGCAAGGUCAGCAGCUGCUCCUGAAGCUUCCUACUCCCAAGCCCGUGGUACAACUACGACUGCGACUGGCACUGGCACUGCAACACAUCGCACACGACGACCUUCGCAGGCCCAAUCCAUCCCGGCAGCACAUCUCAAUACCGGUAGCCCGGCCUCAAGUAGCCCUUCAUAUCACGGCAGCGCGCCGAAGACGCAGUUGGAAGCGCGGCAGUCGCGAGAAGAGCCAAGGCCUGACUUUCGGGACGAGCCCAGCAAGCCAGUCGAUGUCCCUCUUCCGCCGAUAAAUACGGAAUCAUCCUCUGCCUCCCGAUCGUACUCCCAGUCCAUCGAACCAUCCGGGCCUCUGGCCACACAAGAUAUGUCGUAUCACCUCACGCGCCCUCCAAGACUGCCACUUCCCAUUGAAGAAGAGGUCCACACGCCAGGUUCUCCAAUCAUUGCACCGACGGAUAUUGAGCCCGCCCCUGUACUUGACCUAGAAACGCUCGAUGGAAGCGAUACUCUUCCUCGACGCUCUUCUGCACUCAGCAAUACUACGAUCGAUGAGGAAGAUGCGGAAGAACUACGGGUGGAUAAGACAAAGGCCACAGUGCCCACCAUUUUCGAAUGGCAAGAGGGGAAGGGGGGAGAAAAAGUAUAUGUGACUGGUACUAUUUUUCAAUGGAACAAGAAGCAUAGGCUCCAUCCAGUGUACGCAAGGGACGGUAACCCAACGCUCUUGAGAGCCGUUAUCCAUGUUCGUCCAGGAACACACCAUAUUAGAUUCAUUGUUGAUGGAAUAAUGCAAUGUUCCAAAAACCUCCCAACUACCGUUGAUUUCGGCAACAAUUUGGUCAACUAUAUCGAAGUCAGUGCUGAUGACAUCCCCAAGCCACCACCUGCACCUGCAGAUCCAUCUAUUGUACCUAGCACUGCUGCUGGCAGCCAACCACAGGAUCCACCCGAAAGCAGUGAGAACAAGCCGUCAGAAGAAGAUAGAAGGACUCCAAAGCCUCCAAAGACCAAGCCUGUUCUUCCUCCUGGACGCUAUUCCUCACAAGUUCCGCAAUAUCUUCUUGACCUCGAUAAAGCGGAAGACUCUGCAGCGUACCAGCACGCUGCGGCCGCAAUUGAGAAGCUCCCAACGCCUCCUAGUCUUCCUGGUUUCUUAGGCAAGCCGAUCUUGAACGCGGCAACACCUAUGAAGGAUGAUAAUAGUGUGUUGACCAUGCCAAAUCACACUGUCUUGAACCAUCUGGCUACAAGCAGCAUCAAGAAUAACAUACUCGCCGUAUCGGCUACGACUAGAUAUAAGAGAAAGUACGUCACGACUAUUAUGUAUAAACCCACCGGGGAUGAGUGA